GUUAUGUCAAGCAGAACCAGGUGCUGAAUUUUCUAAAAAUACCCCAAAUUCGCUAUGAAAUUCAAGAUUUGCUAAUCCAAAUUUACAUAAGGAGCAAUGGCGCUACUGGGGGCCCAAUUGGUGAUAACAAUGGUAAUGAUCAGCGUUAUCCAAAAAUUGGGACCGCAUUAUUCCCUCGCUAGAUGGUUGUUGUGCUCCACUGGCCUCGUUCGAUAUUUAUACCCGACAGACAGCGAAUUGCGGGAGUUGGCGAAUAUUCCGAAAGAAAAAACCAAGAACCGUAAGAAUGCAAAGGGCCAAACGAACGGAACCGCUAAAGUUGAUACCUUCCACAUACCUCGUUCUUUAGAUAUUAAAUUAGACUCUAUAAAAAUUACGAACUUAGAUGUUAUUCAUUUGCGAUAUUACGCCGAAUAUCAGUGGCUGAUUGAUUUUUCUGUGUACGCGUCUAUUAUUUAUUGGAUUACCGAAAUAUAUCAAGUAUGGUUUCCUUUAAAAAAUGAGAUAAACUUAAGCAUGGUUUGGUGUAUUCUAGUGGUGUUAUUUGCAAUUAAAUUACUAUUUACUUUGACUGUACAAUACUUCAAAGGCGAGGAAUCCAUAGGUGAAAGAUCUACUUGCAUUGUUAUGGGUUUCAUCUACUUGCUGAUCUCCAUGAUGGUACUGAUAGUGGAUGAAAGUACCUUAGAAAUCGGCUUGGAAGAUGCUUAUGACAGUUUCAACAAAAGUGCUUCCUCGUUUUUGGAAAAACAGGGCCUUUCAUCGAGUGGCCCAGCGUCGAAAAUCGUGCUAAAAUUCUUCAUAGCCGUUUGGUGUGGAAUUUUGGGCGCACUAUUUACAUUUCCGGGACUUCGAAUCGCAAAAACGCAUUGGGUUCUUCUCAAGUACUUUCAAGACAACAGGUUUAAGCAAUUAUUGCUUAAUUUAACAUUCGCCUUACCAUUCGUUCUAAUUGUUUUGUGGAUAAAACCAGUAUCCAGAUUUUAUUUGACUGAAAGGAUAUUCUCGGGAAGGACCGAACCAUUGAUGUCAGAGGAAAGUUUCGAAUCUUUAAGGCUUUUUUUGGUUGUACUGACAGUAGUUUUAAAAUUAGUGUUAAUGCCGUGGUAUCUACAGGCUUAUUUAGAUAUGGCUUAUCACCGGUUGGAAAACCAGAAAAAAGAAGCCGGUAGAAUUACAAAUAUCGAGUUACAGAAACAGGUAGCUGCAGUGUUUUACUAUCUUUGCGUAGUGACUCUUCAGUAUGCUGCGCCUAUUGUUCUAUGCUACUUCUUCACGCUGAUCUACAAAACUUUAGGAGAAUACAAUUGGAUAGGGGAAUUUCAUAAGCAAAACGUGGUUACCAAUUAUACUAAAUUAAACGAUACUUUAAAGGCGACUGUUCAAGCAGAUGAGAGCAAAAGUAUUCUCGAUUCAGCAGCAGAUUUCCAUUUAACAUUGGAUAGUUUGAAAUCGGUUUUUACAAAAACUGUUUAUAGAGGAUUAUUUGGUUUUGCUACUUGGUGGUGUUUGUUUUUAUAUUUCGCAACGACUUCUUUUGGAUUGGUUUACGAGACAUAUUUUUCAACACUCUAAUUUCAUACAGCCAUUAUUUACAAGUCUGUUGUUAAUACUCUCAAAUGUUUGCCAAUGUUUUUUAAUAAACGCGAGUGAAGUAUGUAAAG